GUCCACAACACUCGUACUCAGUUUUUUUUGGUCCCGCCUCUUUUCGUGGGUACCAUUGUCUGCCAUUCGGCCGUGUUUCUUGCUCGUUCGAACAAAGCGGCAUUGGCAGAUCAGCUGAAUUGAGCUUCUUGAUCAUGGCGGGCGCGACGGAGUCAUUCCCUCCAUCAACGCCUUCCCCCGGGCCGGCAACAAGGAUCCGAACGCCUCCAGCGCCGCAACACGGGUAUUCUGAUCCUUACGAGCCUUACUCCCCGCGCAAGUCAUCCCGCAUCGCGCAACGGGCGGCGAAUCGAACUCCGUCACCACAGCCAUCAUCGCCUCAUCGAUCAUCCGACCAGCGCGACAACUCGCUCGGUUCACCCAAGUCAUCUAAACAGCGCUUUACCUCUAGCAUGGCUACGCCUGCCAUCUCGCCACAAAAGAAGCGCAUGCCCCCGCCGGACCCGUCGCGCAGGGUUUCGGGCACUCUCACCGCCGAAGGCACUGCAAUCGCUGCAACCGCCCUGGGGCUGUCGCCCGUGCCUACAACCAAAUCCGCGUCGCGCGCUACUCGUACAAGCGCCAUGGCUGGAGCCGGGAUGCUAAUCACCCCAGCCAAGACCCCUCAAAAGCCCCCCAACGAGAAGGUCAAGGCCAGCGUCAAGUCGGUCGCGCGCAACCUCUUCCACAGCGACGACGAGUCUGCCACGGCGCCGAGUCCGAGAAAGAUGCGCACUCAAUCCCAUAACCCGGACAGUUUCUACUCCGGGGCGACUGCUCAGCCGUCCUUUCAAAUCUACACGGAUUCUCACGAGCGCAUCCCCGAAAUCGACCACAGCCCCGACAAUCCCUUCUACGUUGGCCCACACACAGCACCUCCCGAACCGCCGAGGCGCCGCAGCACCCGCCACGUGAGCAUUCCUGGCGAGGGCAAGGUGUCGAUCGAAGAGGCCGUCCGUCGCGACGAUGGCAUGUUGAUCGUAUUCCGGGGCAAAAAGCAGUUCCGCAAGUUCAGCGACGCUGAACAGCCGGCCAGCCGGGAGGGCCUCGUGGACGGCGAGGGCGGUCUGGAGAGCGUCGUCGAGUCCUCAUCGCGACGGCCCUUCACCCGGUCGUCCGUCAAACCUCGUCUGCUCUUCCCCACAGCCCCGGCCGACGAGGCCAAGAACGGAAACGAGGACGAGGAGGCAGCGACCGACAUUGAGGACCACGUGUUGGCGGACUUGGAGGCGGACCAACCGGGAACACCGACAGAUCUGGUCGACGAGGCGCCUGACACGCCCAAGGCGCCGCGGCACGCACCCGCCUCUCCGCCGACCACCACGCGCACGACGCGUUUUGGAGGCAAGAGAUCUACCGACUCCACCCCGGUGAAGGACAAAAAACCUGCAAAGCGCAGCCCCUUCGACAGCUGGCGACGGGUCAAGAGCGGCGCUCAGAGCACCGGCCAUAAGCGGUCAGGUGAUGAACUUCCGGCAGCCGCAUCCAAGCGCACCAGGGCUUAACUUAGUCUCUCGCCGAGUACGCUUUGGUGGAGAGCAGCAGCAUGGGCAGUUUAGGCAGCCUUCGACUCGGGAGCUCGAGGUCGCUCGGCGGAAUCGAUUUCAUCUGGCACAGCUCGGGGUGCAUAUUGGAGUUUUAUCGCGGGCAUGGAUAUUCUGAUGGGGUCGUUUCGGACCGCUCGCUGCCCGCGAUGUUUGGUUUCGUGUUCUUC